GUUGGAAUUGUUCAGUAUGGACAGACUGUAGUUCAUGAAUUUUUCCUGAAUACAUACUCGACAACAGAAGAUGUGAUGGCUGCAGCCACGAGAAUACGCCAGCGGGGUGGCACGCAAACUAUGACAGCCCUGGGAAUAGAUACAGCAAGGAAUGAGGCUUUUACUGAGGCUCAUGGCGCACGAAGAGGAGUACAAAAAGUAAUGGUUAUUGUGACUGAUGGGGAAUCACACGACAACUACAGAUUAGAAGAAGUGAUUGAUAAUUGUGAAGAUGAAAACAUUCAGAGAUUUGCUAUUGCUAUUCUUGGCAGCUACAGCAGAGGAAAUUUAAGUACUGAGAAAUUUGUAGAGGAAAUAAAAUCAAUAGCCAGUAAGCCUACUGAAAAGCAUUUCUUCAAUGUCUCAGAUGAAUUAGCUCUUGUAACUAUUGUUGAAGCACUUGGAGAGAGAAUAUUUGCCCUGGAAGCAACAACAGACCAGCAGGCAGCCUCAUUUGAAAUGGAAAUGUCUCAAGCUGGUUUCAGUGCUCAUUAUUCUCAGGACUGGAUCAUGCUUGGAGCAGUUGGAGCAUAUGACUGGAACGGCACAGUGCUCAUGGUGAAGGACAGUGGUAUUUCAAUGCCAACUAAUGGCACUUUUCGUGACAGGCUUUCAGAAAAAAAUGAACCCCUCGCAGCCUAUUUAGGAUAUACUGUGAAUUCAGCAUUGACACCUGGAGGCGUACUGUAUGUAGCAGGACAGCCACGAUACAAUCACACUGGCCAAGUUAUCAUUUAUAAAAUGGAAGGAAGAGAGGUACAAGUACUUCAGAGGUUAAAUGGAGAACAAAUUGGGUCAUAUUUUGGGGGUGUUAUUACAACAGUCGACAUCGAUAGGGACUCCUUUACAGACCUUCUUCUUGUUGGAGCACCAAUGUAUAUGGGAACUGAGAAAGAGGAGCAAGGAAAAGUAUAUGUUUAUGGUCUGAACAAGACAAAGUUUGAAUAUCAGAUGAGUCUUGAACCUACAAAGCAAACAUGCUGUUCACCGUUAAAACAGGACACCUGCAAAGUUCUUAAGAACGAGCCUUGCGGUGCACGCUUUGGGACUGCAAUUGCUGCAGUGAAGGAUCUCAACCUUGAUGGAUAUAAUGACAUUGUAAUAGGUUCUCCCUUAGAGGAUGAUCAUCGGGGAGCUGUUUAUAUUUAUCAUGGCCGUGGCAACACAAUCAGUAAAAAAUAUUCGCAGCGUAUUGCAUCAGGUGGAGAUGGGGAAAAAGUGAAGUUUUUUGGCCAGUCUGUGCACGGAGAAAUGGAUUUAAAUGAUGAUGGGCUGAUUGAUGUCACCAUUGGAGGCCUUGGCGGGGCUGCCCUCUUCUGGUCUCGUGAUGUGGCUGAAGUAAAUGUUUCCAUGCAAUUUACACCCAAAAGCAUCAAUAUCCAGCAGCAAAAUUGUCAGAUAAAUAAAAGAAACACAAUAUGCAUAAAUGCCACAAUUUGUUUUAAGACCAGACUAAAAUCAAAGGAAGAUACAUUUGAAUCCAGUCUGCAGUAUUGGAUUACUCUUGACUCACAGAGACAAAUAUCUCGCAGCUUGUUCACAGAAAACCAUGAGAGGAAAAUGCAAAAAAAUAUAACUGUCAGAGGGUCAGAAUGUAUUAAGCAUAACUUCUACAUGUUGGAUAAGCCUGACUUUCAGGACUCUGUAAAGGUUUUGCUGGAGUUCAAUUUUUCUGAUCCAGAGAGUGGACCUGUUCUUGAUAGCAACCUGCCAAAUUCAGUAUCUGAAUAUAUUCCUUUCACAAAAGAUUGUGGAGCCAAAAAUAAAUGCAUUUCAGAUCUUGUUCUGAAUGUAAAAGCAAGCAUAGCUGGAGACAGCUCUUCUCCAUUCAUUGUAAAGUCACGCAAUGAUAAGUUCACCAUUCAGCUCGCUGUGAAGAACAAAAAAGACAGUGCCUAUAAUACCAGAGUUUUGGUUCAGUAUUCUCCAAAUAUUAUUUUUGCUGGCAUUGAGGAUAUACAGAAAGAUAGCUGUGAAUCUAAUCACAACAUCACCUGUAAAGUGGGAUAUCCGUUUCUAAAACCUGCCGAAGAGAUUUCCUUCAAAAUAUCAUUCCAAUUCAAUGCAUCAUAUCUCCUGGAAAAUGCUACUGUUCAUGUAUAUGCAACAAGUGACAGUGAAGAACCACCUGAGACCUUAAGUGACAACAGAGGACAUGCUACAAUUCCAGUAAAAUAUGAUGUAGGAUUAAUAUUUGUAAGUGUUUUCAAAGAGCACCAUAUUAUAAUAGCAGCAAAUGAUACCAUCCCUACUGCUAUUAACACAACAGAGCAGAUUGGGGAUGAAGUUACUCUGCAUUAUAGGAUUGAAAAAGGUGAACACUUUCCAAUGCCAGACCUUACACUGCAGAUCUUAUUUCCCAAUGUAACAGCAGCUAAGAACACUCUUCUCUACCUUACUGCAUUGUCAUAUUCCCAAAAUGCCAUCUGCCAAACCAGUUACCCUGUAGAUCCCUUAAAGAUCAGCACUGGUAAACCAUUUGUGUUGCCAAAAAUAAAAGAACCUACAAAGGAUACAAUUAUGGACUGUGAUACAUACAGCUGUGCAUCGAUUAAUUGUGCCCUGGUCCCAUCUGACAUAUAUGUAGUGAAUGUUUCAUUAAGAGUAUGGAAACCUACCAUCAUAAAAGCAGGUAUUCACAGCUUAACUCUUGUUGUGAAAGCAUUACUUAGGAGUGAGAACUCAUCACUAAUUUUGAGAAACGACCAUCAAAAACUGGAGGUAAGAACAUGCUAAUUCAUCGAUU